ACAAGUUGCAUGAAGGCUUGAUCAUCAAGCUGACUGGAUUGUGUUUAUAAAUUUGAUUCUCUAUUUACUAGUGAUGUCACCUAAAAUCUCGGUCUUAAGCAAUUUUAAUUAUUAUUGAAAAUUGAGUUUAAUAUCUAUUAAUAUGACUUCUCGUGAAUCUUUAUUACCUAGUCCAGUUCCUGGUAAAGUUAAAGCUCGUUUCAAAUGGGAACCAGCUACCAUGAGUGCUCUUAAAAAGUGUCAAAAAUUUUUAACACGGUUAACUCGGAUCAAUCAUAUGGACUUUGAAUUUGCUUUCUGGCAAAUGAUUUACUUAUUUGUAGCACCAUCAAAAGUAUAUCGAUCUGUAUAUUACAGGAAGCAAACUAAAAAUCGAUACAGCCGUGAUGACCCUGCUUUUGUGGUUCUUUUGUCAUUUUGGUUUAUCAUAAGUGCCACUGGCUUAAGCCUAGUCCUCAGGUUACCAUUUAUUGCUUUCAUCAAAUUCUUAUUCUGGGUCGUUUUUAUUGAUUGUAUUACCAUUGGUUUAAUUGUGGCCACUUUAUUUUGGUUUAUUGCCAACAAAUAUUUAAGAAAACCAACUUUACCGAAAGAAGACGUUGAAUGGGGAUAUGCUUUUGACGUUCAUUUAAACGCAUUCUUUCCGCCUCUGAUCAUCAUCCAUGUAUUCCAGCUAUUUUUCUUCAAUGUACUCAUAAAUAGUGAUUGGUUUUUUGCUCGUUUAUUUGGUAAUACACUUUGGUAUAUUUCAGCAAUCUAUUAUGUAUACAUAACUUUCCUUGGCUAUAGCUCGCUACCAAAUCUGCACCGAACUCAAUUCAUUUUAUACCCACUUGUUCCUUUAUUUUUCUUCUACAUCUUGACCCUUGUUGCUGAUAUAAAUAUCUGUAGGAUAAUCAUGGAUUUUUACAAAUACAGAGUUUAUUGAUAUUUUAUAUUUUCAAUCAAUUUCCUUUUCUAAUUGUAUUUAUUAAAUUGUGAACCCAUUCUCGAAACUAUAAAUAAAUAUGACCAAGUCAGCAGUAUUCAAUCGUUUUAA